AUGGAUCUUGAGGAGGAGGGGGAGAGGUGGAGAGAGAAAGAGAAGAGGGGAUGGGUGGAGGAUGGGGAGAGAGGUGGCAUGCCACCUAAUUAUGUUAUGGAAUUGCAGAGAUCAGUGUUUGCAACUUUUUUCUUGACAUUAUUAAUGUUCUCGCUUGUAUCUGCUCUCAGGGGUUCUGGGAGUGCGACCUAUGAGGAACCUCCCUAUCAUUAUUCCGGUUGUCCUGGAUUUCAUGAUGUUCGUCCGGGCAAAGUGGCAAAAGCAACUAAAAAGAUAUGGAAUGAUGGUGCAGUUUGUGGGAAAGAAAUCAUGGUGAUGUGCAUUGACGGAAGAGAGGGAGAUGUCAGUCCUUGCAAUCAUCUUAAUGCCUAUGUACGAGUGAAGAUUGGGGGCUAUUGUGACAAGUGUAAGGGCGUCCUUGUCUUGACCGAAGAAGCGUUUGCCUCAAUAGCAACUACAGAUGUUCGUGCUGUAGAAAUCGCUUAUGCGCAGUAA